UACAAAAAACAAAAUGGCGAUAAUUGAUGUUUGGUAAUGGUUGUUUAUCUGUGGAUAAAAAGUGCGGCCUGCAAUAAAAUUGGGAUAAUCUAAUGUGUGUUUAUUUAAUUUAAUAUACGGAAUAUUCUGUGUAAUAAUUCAAGCAAUAUGGCACGGAAUAAAUCGCCAUCGGUGCCUUCGGAUAAGGAUAAAAAGAAACCAAAAGAUAAAAAGAAAAAGGGAGAUUCGGGAUCCAGCAGUAGUGACAGCAGUGGCAGUUCUUCGGACAGCUCUUCUUCGCGCUCGUCUUCGCGGUCGUCGUCCAGCAGUUCAGGCAGCUCAUCGCGAUCGUCGUCCAGCUCCAGUUCAUCCAGCAGCAGUAGCAGCAACAAUGACCGCUCCCGACCUAAAAAGAAGACCUCCCCACACAAGAGUCCAGUUAAGGAUAGGCGUGAACAAGAUAGAGAGAAAUUAAGAGACAGGUCACCCUUAGGAGAUAAGAAGAAACUAUCAGCGCCUUCAGCUAAUGAUAAAGUUAAAAACAAGGAUAAACAUGAGAGAUCACCCGGACGCAAAAAACGCGAGCGUUCGCCGCCACCUCGCCCUACUAGGAUUCAUAUAGGACGGCUGACAUUGAAUGUGACUAGAGACCACAUCCACGAGAUAUUCUCAACGUAUGGCGGGGUCAAAGCUGUGGAGUUCCCUAUGGACAGACUGCACCAGCACAAUGGUCGCGGGUAUGCUUAUGUGGAGUUCAGCAAUCCAGAUGAAGCAGAAAAUGCAAUGAAACAUAUGGACGGAGGACAAAUUGACGGGCAGGAGAUAACGGCAGCGCCUGUUCUGGUGCCGACGCGGCCAAGGCGUCCGUCGCCGCGAGCGGCGCCGCGGCACCCGCCUAUUCGUCGGCACUCACCGCCGAGGUACCGUCGGCGUAGCCCCCCACCGCGCCGUCGUUCGCCGCCGCCGCGCCGUCGCCGCUCGCGCUCUCGAUCACCGCGCGCCGCACCGCGUCGCCGUCGCUCCAGGUCCUCCUCCUCUUCCUCCCGGUAGACGACACCACACCGCAUGCCAACAAGAAUGUCUAGAUUCGUAAACAACUCAGCGACACUUCCAAAUUAUAGACUGCUAAGGAGACGUCUAUAAAUUAAAAAUAUUCAAACCCAUUCAGCAGUGGAGUGCACGUCAUACAUACACAAAAGCACUGCCUACCCAAAAUUAAUUAUAGAUUCGUAAACAACUCGGCGACACUUCCAAAUUACAGACUUCUAAAGAGACGUCCAUAAAUUAAAAUAACUUAUAGAGCAUUAGAGUGCACGUCAUACAAACACAAAAGCACUGCCUACCCAAAAUUAAUUAAAGAUUCGUAAACAACUCGGCGACACUUACAAAUAACAGACUUCAAAAGAGACGUCCAUAAAUUAAAAUACCUCAUAGAGCAGUGGAGUGCACGUCAUACAUAAACAAAUGCACUGCCUACUCAAAAUAAAUUAUAGAUUCGUAAACAACUCGGCGACACUUCCAAAUUAUAGACUUUUAAAGAGACUUCCAUAAUUUUAAAAUAUUCAACCCUAUACGGCAGUGGAGUGCACUUCAAACAAACACAAAAGCACUGCCUACCCAAAAUAAAUUAUUUGUACAACUCCCACAGGAGGGAAUUUUUUCAUUAUAAGCCUAAACUGGUCCAAAACCAAUACACGCUAAUGAGCUAGCUUUCAUUGUGGUAUUUAUUACAAUUUUAAAUCAAUGGAGGCUUAGUACUACGCCAGUUCACUAAGAAAGCGAGCUAGUAGUGGGCUGCGUUGCUUCUUCAAUCUCUUUAGAGAAUGAAUGACGUGCAUACGUCACCCAUUAUUUAGAAAACCACACCAUGAUAUAUAGAAAACCUUAACUUUGAAGUUUACCUCUGAUUCACUUUGAUUGACAUACGAAAAGCGUUCUAAACCACAAGUCACACAAAUUGGAGAUACGAUGACUUGUUGCUAGAACAUAAGGCUUAUUCAGCCACAGAGAUAUUACAGAUAUGAACACUUACUCAAAUGAGUAGGUUAGUACAUCAUAUUAAUGUAUGUCUCUGUGAAAAAUUUGGUGAUCGAGAUUAUCAGGUUUUCACUACUUUUGAAUAUCUUAUUAAUAGUCAUUUAACUAUAUUUCAGUGUGUUGUGGAUUAGAUCUUUUUCGUUUUAUUUACGUAAAACUUGUUCACAAACCCUUUAUCCUCAUAUCAAAAGACAAGAUUUGUUUUUAAUAAUUUGGUAUGUAAUGAGUUUGUUUACAAAUGUAGAUAUUCUUAUCAACACCUGUGCACAUAUAUUUCAUACAUACAUACAUACACACAUUCAUACACACAUAGAUACACACAUAAACACACACACACACACAACCACCCUCCCACCCUCAGGCUGGCUCGCCAUAAAAGAUGUGCGAGUUGGCUGAACUGCAAAUGAUUACUUCAUAUUAUCCACUGUUAAAUUUAAUUUGAAAAUGAAGCAAACUUAUUUUUAGAUUUCUCUCUAUUCCUUGCAAACCUGCAUGGAUUUUCUAGCAGCCCAUCACAAAUAGAGCAUGAGAAACUAUUCAAUUACUUCUACCAUUAAACUUAACUGUGUGGCAUCAUGUGGUAUGGUGUGGGGUAGUAUCUAGCCAGUUUUUUAUAUCAGUCUACAUUAUGCUAAGGUCACACAAUUUAGUUAAUUUACACAAAAUUAGCGAUAAUAGAUCAAAACAGACCCAUAAACACUUCACAUGAUACAUUCCAGAUACAUCGAAUGGUGAGUAUAAAAUAAUUCGGUACGCAUAUUAAAAACUUAGUAAUUAGGUAGAGGGCCAGGAUGGGUAAGUAUAUUAUGAUGUUAAUAAUACAACAUAUAGGAACUUUUGACUUAUGCAUUAAUAAAAUAUUUCUUGUUAUAAAAGCUUGCAAAACGGAAACUGACCAGAGUGAGUGAUCAGUGCAAAAGAACUAACAAAUACAUAGACAGAAAAGUGCAGUGCUGAUGUAUUUUAGGAUUUUAUUUUGUAACAUCAAAUGGACUUGUUAAUAAAUAUCAUAAUUUGA